AUGGGUAGAUUACUUCAGUUUGUUACCCAUGGUGCUGUGCUGGUGCGCUUUGCGCGCAAGAGCUCCGCCAUAAAGGUUACACAAAACAGAAGCUACAUAGUAAGAUAUGCAAUGCAUAACAAUGCAUACAAAUCUAAGUCAGGCAUGUUUCAUUUGCCAAUGCCCCAUGGAUAGGGAUGGUAAAAUCUUUUCUCAGGGUGAAGUGGUUUUCAAAUUAAACUCAUUUGAUCUUGAAUAAUUUUCCUUUGUUCCCAUGCUCUGAUUAUUCAUAGGAAACAAAGGAAAUUUCAGGAGGCCAGAGGAGAACUGGGAUGAGCAUGCUUGGAAUUGACUGACCCAUUUAUAAUUGAAGACAGAUUUUUCAGUGUUCAUUUUCUUUUUGGUCUUUUGAUCAACAUUUCAUAUUCAUAUUACCUCUUUUCUUUUGGGCAAAUAUCCCUUAACAGAAUUUCCCCUUUUUUCUUACUUUCCUUCUCCUUACAUCAACUCUUCAUGCACUAGUCAGUGAAGCCCCUGAUCGCCCCCGCCCCCAACCCUUGGGAUGAUAGGUGAAUUGUAUUGGGGUACCUUUCCCUUCUUAUUCAGUCAAUUGGCCUAACUCCUGGUAUAGGUAGGGAGUGCGUUACAAAUCACCAUCUUUGCCUCCUGGACCAAGGAAUUAGUUGGAAUUAACAUCUUUAGGUUAAGGUUGACAUUUAAAAGGGAGUACAAUGUCUGGGGGAAUAUGGGUGUGGGGGAGUUCAUCAUUCACUUUGGCCUUGUGUGGACCAGGAAAUUCACUUGCUUUCACUUGCAUAGAAAGUGGGAGAGGGGGAAUGUCCAAGGGUUAGAAAUGACUGUUGCUUGAAGGCAGUGUUUUCAUUCCAAUAAUGAACUAAAUUAAAGGUUGAAAAGAAAAGUUUUAUUAGAAGUAAAAUAUCUGAGAUUGUUAUGUUUCUUCCCCAGAGCCUCACACAUGAAUGUUAUACUUUGAUGCAUAGUGCACAUGUUUGUAAUUGACAUUUGGUAUUUUUUAGUAACCUAAAGUUUUGUAACUUUUGUAGCCAGCUGUGUCAAUAGGUAAUGUGGGACAGUUAACGAUGGAUCUGAUAACAUCUUCACUAUCUCCUAACUGUUACCACAUUGGAUAUUUACAUGACCCCUGUAUCUUACCAGUAGUGGGUAAUGAUGCCCUUGUCGAGUCCUCUUCAUCUUCAGGGAAACUUAAUGUCAGUGCUGAAGGUUUGUUUAUCUGUUCAUCCAUUUUUUACUGGUAUCUAUCAAGGCUUAUUCCAGUGCUUGUAAACAAAAAGGUGAACCAUUUAAAAGAGGCAGUCAAGUAUAACUGUGAAGUUCCAUAUGUUUCUGAUUGUUGUGAACUGAAAGCACUUCACAUAGGAUGAAUUAGGUUGUAAUGAUAUCCAAAUAAUCAAGGUCAAGGUAAGUGUUAUCAGCCAAGCCAAUGGGCGUGGCUGAUGACACUUACCGAGACCUUGAUUAUUCCAGAUAUCAUGAAAACCAAAUCUGAUAAUAUUGUUUUAUUAUACAUUGUUUUCAAAUAAAUAACGACAAAUACACCAAUUUGACAUUGCUCUUGGAAAUCAUGCAUUGUGCACGCAUUCUACAGAUUAGUCAGUUAUCUCUGCUUUCUAUAAUGCCAUGUGUAAGACUAUGACGUGAUUGAUUAUGGUAUUAUUGUUGUUUCCUUGACAGUGUACAAAAAUGAUGAUCAUAAGCUUGUUCUUCUACAACUAAGAGCUCCACUAGUUAAGGUAGUAUUAUAUGGUUCAUAUACCAUAGUUUUGUAAUGUUUAAGGUUUUUGGGUUAAAGAUAAAACCUGGUACUCUAUAAGCAAUAGAGUACAUCACUGCCACAAGCAACCUGGAUUGUGUUGUAAUGUAAGUCAACCCCGGACAACACCUCUUGAGACAAAUCGCGAAAAUGCCUAUUUUUUCCUGUCAUCCAAAAAAUUGAAACCUCCGCCAAAUUAAUGCCCGAUUUCCCCCCUCCCCUUAUCCAAAGUUGUUUAGGAUAGCAUGGCAAUUGUACACGUUGGUUUUUAGACCAAGACAACUUUGAAUAGGGGGUGAGGAGGGGGUUUACUUUUUCUGUUUAGAGGAGACGGGAGUAGGGCGCAAAAGUUAGAAAAUAGAUGGAAUUGUCUCAACAGUUUUGUCCAGGGUUGGUGCCUAAGUGUAAAUGAGGUAAAUUAAAAAAGAAAUAAUCUUUAAGGUGAAAAUACAUGUAUAUUCAAUACUAGAAAUUAAAGGCUAAUAACAUAAUUCGAGGUUGAGCUCUAGACAACUAUUACAAAACACUGAAAUUGUACGCUGUUGUCACAAUACUCACCAAUUCCGUGUGCUGGAUUUCCUGUGAUGUGUAAACAUACAAAUGAUUAUCUGAAAAGAGGUUGACAUAAUAUCCAACAUUUUUAUUACAGGGUUGUCAAGCAAAAUUCUGCAAGAAAGUUGUAACAUGGGUAAACGAAUGCCACUUCAAACAGGUUCUUGUUCUGUCCAGUGUUAAUGCAACUGAACGAGUUGACUCACAGAUUGAAGGGUAUGAUAUAGUUCUCUAUAACAGAUGCUGUAUUCCUUGACUAUCUCAAUAUUUCAUGUCAUUAAAUGUCAGUCUGGGCUCCAUGAGUCAGAUUUUAAUUUAAGCAUGUGUAUGGAAUUUAAACACAAAUGCUUGAUUUAGGGUAAUCAAUGCAAACUACUGCAACAGUGUAUAUUAAGUUACUGUUCGAUCAGAUUUAAAUUUAAUUCAUGCCAGGGUCUUGUAAAUAUAAAUAAUAGGCUUUCUGCUGGUUUUCUUUUUGUCCAAAAGAAAUUUAAAGAGCUUUUAGCCAAGUUUUUUUUGGAGGUCCAGGGGUUUCAAUAAGCACCGAUGGCCGACAAAAUGCAUCGUCCACUUUGUUCAUAGAAGUUGGCUACUUUUUCCUAGAAAAAUGUAAAGUUUGAAAUAAUUUAUUACAUUAUUAACAAAAUAUAUAUCAUUAAAUCUGAAUGAAAAGGUAAUUAUGAUGUGCUUUCAUGAAGGCCCCCUCGUUUUAUGUUAUACUUUAGUCAUGAGAAUGCUAUAAUUAUUUCAGUCAAUUUUUCACACCUUUACCCUGAAUUUGUUUAUGAGCAAAAGUAUGUGAUUUAGUUUUCAUAAUUUGUUCAUUGCUUGUAGGGAUUUAUUGUGUAACUGAUAAAUCGAAAGUUGUAUGAAAGCUACAUUUUCUUGAAUGAAAAACAAACUCUUUUUUCCUCAAUUUAGUCCCCAGAACUCUGAAAUUCGCAUUUUACGGCUUUGAAGUUUCAAAAUUUUCUGGGGAAGCACACCCCCAGAUCCCCUCCCCCUAGAGAAAGGGGAAUAACUCUAUUGUUACUCUAUUCAAACCUGCUGGCUACUUCAAUUUUUAUUGAACCCCCUGAGGGUCAAAUUGCAGCGAAACACUGAUUUUCGAGGACUCUCAGAUUCAACAGCAAAAUCUUGAAAAAUCUGGAUCUAGGAGCAAACCUUUACCGACAUAAAAGAUGUGUUUUCUUAAUUGGGGAUGGAUUAAUUAAUCUAUUGCUACUAACAAGGUUUAUAAUUUAAUCCACCAAAAAAAAAAUAUGCAAAACACCUUUUAAAUAGGCCAUUUCCAAGUUCCAAGGCUCUCACUUUCCAAACGAUGCUAUGUGUGAAACCUUUCUUGUGAAAACAAGAUAUAUUUGCAUGGGAAUAGAGUGUUUUCACUCACAUGGCCAGAAUCUCUGCAAGUUCAUUGGAACAAAAGAGAGCGUUUGCAUAAGAAAAGAGUUCAACUCCCAAAGGAUUAGUUUGGAACACCAACAUGGCUGCCGUUUCAUUGUUUUGGGACACCAAUAUGGCCGCCAUGACCUCAUGUGAAAACAUUCCUCAAAAGUCAUUUUUGUAUCAUCAACUUUUCACUUUAGCUUCGCUAAGAAACAGUUAGCUUGGAGCAAUUCAGAAAUUAUCAUGAUUCUCAGACGUCCGAGGGACUGCAAACGACCUCGAACGUCUGAGAAUCGGGCUACUCAGAAGUGGCCUAUUUUGUAAUUUUUUUCCUCUCUCUCUCUCUUUAUAACAUUUAUUGUGAUCUCAAGCCCCUGCAUAAAAUUCACUGCUUACCAUUCAGUGUUUCUGUACCUUUCAGUUCUUGAUGAUGGGUACAAAAUGUAGAUCAUUGAUGAAUUUAUGUUCUUGUUUAUAAUUUUUAAGUACCGGUAUUAUUUAUUUUAGUUUAGAGAUCAUUCAUGUGAGAAAGAAUUACAGAUAGCAACUUGUGUUUAUUAUUUUUACCAUCAUUUUUUGCAUGGUGAUAGACAGAUCAUAAUUUAACAUAUUAUUUUUAGCUCUCCCUUGAGGUACCUUCUCUCACCAUCCGCAAAGACACUCAUUCCAUUGUUUAAUGAACUGUCAUGGAAAGAACUGGAAAAGAGAGCAAAGUUCCCAGAUGCGAAUGAAGGUGAGUCUCUACUCAUAGGUCUAAUGUAAUAAUGUGGCUUGUCUAGAUCUGUUGGACUGUUGUGGAAAAGCACUCACCAAUUAGUAGAGUAUCAUUAUUUAAGGAAAGAAGGAGUUUUUUACUUUAAUAUCAUUCUUUUGUCGCAAUUCCUGAAUCUCCUUUUAUUAUACUAACUCUUAGUUUUAAACAGUGCCACUGGUAGGUCAAAUAAGGAUUUAGUAGUACACAGAUAGUUUUAAUGGCAUAAAAGGAGAGUUUCUUCGAUUUCAUCUACAGGUUAAUCGACUUGUGUUCUUCUCUUUUUAUAAAACCCAAUGUUUCUAAUUAAUUUUCCAAAAAUAAUUUUGUAUCACUUGCAAUUAAAAGCAAAGAACCCGCCUUCUUGGAAGCUUUGGUCUACAGUCAAUGGGAACUAAAAGGUCUCAUGCAAGGAAAAGAAGGAGAAAUUUCUAUUCACCUUUACCAUUCCUGGAAAAGGCAAUUGCUCCAAAUGAGCCCGAAAUCAGACACUAGGAGAGCAUUUUCAGAACACUCCACUUGUUUCAUCACAACGAGACAAAUAUCCUUAGCUGACUUUCUCGCUAAAAAUGCUCUCAAAUCUUACGAUCAACCAUAAGACUUCCACGGCAAAGUGUGCUUACAUGAUGCAAUUGAAAGAAUUGUUCUUUUCAUUCACAACGUGGAAAAAAUUUUGAGACCCAAGAAUGAACGGCCUCUCAAAAUCAUUGACUCUUUCACAUGCACCUCGCAGGCCUGCGCACCUGAGUAAAUGUCAUUAAGAAGUACAAACAGGCAGAAAACUUAAAUUUUUGUGUAUUUCUACCCACACUACAGUUUUUAUUUUAAAACUAAACACCCCCCUCCCUUCCCUUAUGCCCUCCUUUUUUAUUAAUUGGUAGCUGUUUUUCUCUCUCCAUAUAGUAUGCAUAAUGAAUGAACUUUUAAGCUGUGUGUUAAUUUGAACUGUAUCAACAUAUUAUGUUAGAGUCUACCAAAGAGGAAGAGUUCUUUUUACCUGGUGGAGGAUUUACAAAAAAAUUAUACGAAGAAUGGUGAGGUGCUAACUCGAUCAAACAUUAAUUGAUUCCGUUACAUGAUAUUGAUGUGGGAAUGACAGAUAUCUUUCUCUAUUUUUUUUCAAUAUUAUCAGUGCAUUAUAUUAUCUAAGAAUUUAGGAGGUGUAGCAGGAUGAACUCUAUGAAAUGUUAACAAAAGGAAAUGCCUUUGUGUAUCGUGGAAAGUACACUUAGCUGCCCUAGCUAGUUCAGUUCAUAGGGACUCCUCUCAAAUCAUUGGAAAGAGUAUUAAAAUUAAUGGUACUUAGAUUUACUCAACGUUAAAGGGAAAGUUCCUGGAAAUAAAUCUAUAAUGUACUUCAAACCAAUAAUUCAAGUGGAGUCAAGCCUGCGAUCGGUUCAAAAUUAGUAACUUGUGAGCAGAUAACUUAAAAACACGUAACCUUGAUGGGUCGACACCAGAGCCCCCAACUGACCACUCCAGAAAAUACCAUAACAUACCAUGAUACUCUUUGUUAGUGGCCAAAAUUUUUGGCAUAAGCAUUGUCUUCAGUUUCUCUUGGGAGUUAGGGGUUCAGUGGUCAAAACGGUCAUGUAUCAAUGCAAUAUGGCCAUUACUGGUUAGCGGAUACCCUGUUUUGACAGCUGUCAUUUGACCAUAACAUGGAUGUGCAAUAUCACGUUGCAGUCUCCCAUGCUAGCUAGAAAGUAUGACAUUUUGCUGCGUACCCCGUUCUCAGGGUGCACGUGGGCGGAAAGCGCGCAUGGAGCUCCACUUUAACAAUUAACUGAAUUAAAAAACCAACUGGCAGGAGGCAACCACUUUGCUACUUACAAGAGUGGCCGAGGAUUUGAACUUUAAUAUUUUUAUUAGUUGUCAGUGCGAGUCUGAUGGACUGAAAAAUCAGCCACGCUGCCUGCUGCUGUAUACUUCCAGCACUGAACUUUAAAUUCACGCAAAUAGUAGGAGCCUAUGUACUGGAGGGGCAUUAAGAAGCAGCUUGUAACAAACUAUAUUACUUAAGUUUGUUUCUGUUUAGUUGCAGAGAGAAUAUCUCACUAGCUGUUGUACUUACAUUCUGUUCAGAGGGUGAUAACAUAUCGGAUGCUGUAAAUCUCUUCCUUUUUGUCAACGAGUGGCUUAGUCUAGUUCCCAGAAAAGAGGUAACUUUAAAGUAA